UAUAAAUUAAAGAUCUCAUCAAAUAUCUAUACUUCUUUGGUGAGUUGGAUUUUACUCUAUUAAUAGCAUGGCUACUAGGACAGAAGACAUUAAUAAUAGCCCGGAACAGAAAAAAAACUUAAACAAAAAUAAAGAGCCAGAAGGUGGGAUACUACAGCAAGUGCUCACACAUGGAGUGUUGGACAGCCUCUCUGCAUUAUCAAUCACAAGGAGUGUUGGCUCUUGGAUUGGCUGGGGGAUCUUCCUUGCGCUCAUUAUGGUGUCGGUUUGCUGCAUACUGAUAGCUUUACAGACCUACGGCUUUAUACCGAAGUACACAGAAGAAACCAUUCUCAAGGAACGCCUAGACGAGAAAAUUAAAGCUCUAGGCACAUGUACCACGGAGAAUCACAAUCUAAACGAGAAAUUGCAAGCACAAAAUUUGCUCCCACAAAUCAAUACGGCAUUCUGCCAACCUAUGUUAGAACAGAGCGAUGCCAAUCGAAAGUACUCGGAUAAUGAACGCACGAGGAAGGACACUGAGAUAGCGGAGUGCAAGACUGAAAAAAAGGAGCUACAGGAAAAGAUUGACAAGUUGAAGGAUGAGAAGAUGGCACUGCAAGGAGUGGUGAUGCAGACGGAGGCCAAGCUAAGUGCUCUGAUUGUGCAGAGUGAACAAGAUGGAGGCAAGUGUGACGGCUGGCUGUGCAGUGGUGUCAAGGUGCUGUAUGAUGUAGUCAAGGAUAUCACGACAGAUGGAAAACAGAAGAGCCAAUAAACUGAACUGUAUAUAUAGUGCUGUGAACCUUGUGUAUUGUGAACCUUGUGUGUGCAAUGUGCUUUGAUGCGGUUAAUUGGGCAUGUGC